GAUGAAAAUUGAAAACAGCAGAGUGAAAAAUUUUGAACCAUAGCAAAUAUUAUGGAUUCGAGAUUUUCUUUUGAUUUCUUCUUUAUAGAUCUGUUUAAUGAUACUUCAAUAAAGUGGAGCCUGGACCAUGUGGACACGUUUGAAGUGCUGUGGAUUUUGUUAGCCGGUGUUGCCUUCAUUGAGUACUCCAUAGUUUUGUUAUGUACCACUAUUACCCUCAUUGCUUGCAAGUUGUACUUACACAAACCUUCUGGUAUGCUAGAGAUGGGAGAUGUUGUGCCUGGUGUGUCCAUCAUUAAACCACUUAUGGGAGUUGAUCCUUUUCUGGAAUAUAAUUUAGAAUCUCAUUUUAAGUUGGCGUAUCCUAAGUUUGAGUUGUUGUUUUGUUGUCAUGACGACAAAGAUGGCGCCAUACCUUUGGUGAACAAGUUACACAAGCGUUACCCACAUGUAGACAUGAAGCUUUUGAUAGGUGGAGCCAAGGAUGUAGUGAAUCCCAUGGUACAGAACAUGGCUCCUGCUUAUGAAGCUGCGCGGUAUGAAUUUGUUUGGAUAAGUUCAAGCCGCAUUGAAGCCUCUGAUGCUAUUUUAAAUGAUAUGAUCAGCAAGCUACAGAUAUUAAAUGUGGCGCUUGUUCAUCAAAUGCCUUAUAUCACAGGCGGCCAUGGAUUUGGAUCAAAUGUUGAAAAAAUUUACUUUGGUGCGUUCCAUGCCAAGUUCUAUAUAGCCUUCAAUAUGUUGGGUUUCAUCUGUGUCACAGGCAUGUCUUACAUGUUUAAGAAAACUUUACUUGACCAGGUCAAUGGGUUAGCCUGGUAUGGCCGCUACCUUGCGGAAGAUUACUUCCUUACAACAGCUCUACACGAAAGGGGUCGCCUAGUAUUGUCAGCGUACCCAGCCAAACAAAAUGUAGGACAGACUACUCUGAGAGGUUUCGCUGAUCGACAGAUCAGGUGGUCAAAGCUACGCUUGAACAUGAUGCCUUUGGUAGAAGUUUUAGAAUCUUUUAGUUAUUGCUCUCAUCUUGGCGUCAUUUCGGCCUUGACCUUGCAUCAUUUCUUAGCCAUCAAUCCCUACAAUUUCUUCCUAGCGCAUGUUUUGUUGUGGAUAAUACUGGAUUACAUUAUUCUUUCUUACAUCGAGAAUGGACCAUUGCUGUUGUCUAAAUUUGAGUUUCUGAAAUGCUGGCUAGUUAGAGAACUCUCAGCAACUUAUAUCUUGGUUGUCGCGCUUCUCAACCCCCACAUCAUAAAGUGGCAUCAUAGAACAUUUCGAGUUCGCCUUGGUGGACUGACAGAGCAAGUUAAAGAUGAGUACUGAAAGGGCAAGUUAUAGAUGUGUAGUGACAGGGCAAGCUAUAGAUGUGUAGUGACAGAGCAAGUUAUAGAUGUGUACUGACAGAGCAAGUUAUAGAUGUGUAGUGACAGAGCAAGUUAUAGAUGUGUAGUGACAGAGCAAGUUAUAGAUGUGCAGUAACAGAGCAAGUUAUAGAUAUGUAGUAACAGAGCAAGUUAAGGAUGUGUAGUAACAGAGCAGGUUAUAGAUGUGUAGUGACAGAACAAGUUAUAGAUGUGUAGUGACAGGGCACGUUAUAGAUGUGUACUGACAGAACAAGUUAUAGAUGUGUAGUGGCAGGGCACGUUAUAGAUGUGUACUGACAGAGCAAGUUAUAUAUGUGUAGUGACAGAGCACGUUAUAGAUGUGUACUGACAGAGCAAGUUAUAGAUGUGUAGUGACAGAGCAGGUCAAAGAUGUGUAAUGACAGGGCAAGUUAUAGAUGUGUAGUGACAGGGCACGUUAAAGAUGUGUAAUGACAGGGCAAGUUAUAGAUGUGUAGUGACUGGGCAAGUUAUAGAUGUGUAGUAACAGAGCAAGUUAAGGAUGUGUAGUGACAGAGCAAGUUAUAGAUGUGUAGUGACAGAGCAAGUUAUAGAUGUGUAGUGACAGAGCAAGUUAAGGAUGUGUAGUGACAGAGCAAGUUAAGGAAAUGUAUGGAUUGUUCUCGAUUGCAACUCCUUGAAAACGUUUCUAAACAUGAUACUUAGAUCUAGAUCUAUUACCCCGCCAAUUCAUAUCAUGGUUGAACCAAUAAUGCAACGCAGAAGAAUGAAAGAAAAGUUAUUGAACUUUUGAGUUUCAUUCAUGUGUUGAGGAAUGCGCACAAAAUUAAAAUGUCUUUUUGCGAACAAACUAUAUAUUAGCCGAGUUAUCCGCACAUGCUUUUAUUCAUACAUUUCAUUAUUUCUCACCGUAAUACAAUUUGUAUCGCCUUGUUUGUACCCACUAUAAUAGCGAGUAUAUUCCUUAGUUGGAUUUCAUGUAUGGAAACAAUCGUUCCUUCCCGUUCAGGUUUCGUUAAAAGGUCAGAGUUCUAAAUGUAGCUACAUUAGUUUUCUUACUGGCAAAGUCAUGUUAACAUAACAAAUAAUUGUUUAAAAGUGAAAUAAAAUAAUUGCUGUACAAUAUAUUACGUAGGACGUAUUUAUCUUCUUUUUUGAAGUAAAGUCUGUAUUAUAUAAGAAGAAGAAGAUUACUAUUUGACGUGAAUGAAAUUAGAAUCACUGAUUUAAACUGAUUUCGGCUCGAUAUUUAAAACGUCUAAUUCAAAAUUCUACAUUACUCAUUAUGCUUAGGAUUGCGGUCCUUUAAUAGAAUUAUUGCCCUUGUCUCUGAUCUCUGUCAUGAUUUUGUUGUCAGAGCAUAUAUUAAAAUACUGUCUGUAGAUUGAUAAUGUGAAUACACUAAAGACAUGUUUAUGUAUAUAUAUUUUGUUUCAUCAAAUUCUUCAGAUAACCU